CAGAACCAUAUCCAUCCACCGUUGAAUUCUCCAUGGAUUCACUUCUAUGGAUUCUGGUGCCCCUCAUCCUCAUCUUCCUCUUUAAACCAUGGUCACGCAAAAACCUCCCACCUGGGCCCUACCCAUGGCCCAUCAUAGGCAACAUGAUGUCCAUGUUGAGUGUGGCCCCCCAUGUAGAGCUCAUGAAAUUAGCUCGAGUCCAUGGCCCACUAAUGCUAGUAAAGUUCGGUGUGCAGCCGGUGAUCAUCGCAUCCACACAAGAAUCAGCGAUGGAGAUUCUCCGAAAUCAUGAUCGGUCCUUCUCAGGCCGGUUCGUUCCUCAUAGUCUACGUAUGAAGGAGCACAUCAAACAUUCAGUGGUGUGGACUGAUUGUACAGAUAUCUGGAAAAAUCUACGGCGGAUAGCGAGAACAGAGCUGUUUUCUACGAAGAUGUUGGAUGCCCAUAUACAUGUUCGGCAGCAGAAGGUGACUGAUAUGGUGGAUUUCAUACGAUCAAAACAAGGUGGGCCCAUGACGAUUACGGAGGUAGUGUUUGGGACGUUGUUGAAUAUACUCGGGCAUGUGGUAUUUUCUAAAGACGUGUUUCAGUAUGGUUACAAAGGUGAUAAGGUGGGAAUGCAGAAGCUUAUUAGGGAUAUGCUAUAUAUAGCCGCUAGUCCUAAUUUAGCUGAUUUUUAUCCGAUUUUGGGUGGAAUUGAUCCACAUGGGCUUCUUCGGGCCUGUGAGGCCCGGUUGAAUGAUGUGAUUGAGCUGUGGAAGGAUACGGUUAAGGAACGGAGGGCAAAUCGGGACCCUUCAAAGCAUGAUUUCUUGGAAGUUUUGCUGGCGAAUGAUUUUGAUGAUGGUCAGAUAAAUGCAAUGUUCUUGGAAACAUUUGGGCCCGGUUCAGAGACGAGCAGCACAACCAUCGAGUGGGCCAUGGCCGAACUCCUAAAACAUCCAGACAAAAUGAUCAAACUCCGCGAUGAACUGGACCGUGAAGUGGGCCCCACCAUCGUGACUGAGGCCCACCUCCCACGUCUGCCCUACCUCCACGCCUGCAUCAAAGAGACCAUGCGACUGCACCCAGCUGCACCGUUCCUCAUCCCCCAUCGGUCCGUCGAGGCAUGUGAAGUCAUGGGGUACAACAUCCCAAAAGACUAUCAGACCCUCGUGAAUGCUUACGCAAUCGGGCGAGACCCGAACUCGUGGUCGGAACCGAAUACCUUCUCACCCGAACGGUUCCUGGACUCGGAUCUGGAUUACUAUGGAAAACACUUCCAAUUCAUACCGUUUGGUGCGGGUAGGAGAAUCUGCAUUGGAAUGCCGUUGGCGAGUCGGACCAUUCCACUGUUUCUCGGGUCUUUGAUCCACACCUUCAAUUGGUCUCUUCCAGAUGGAAUGAAACCCGAUGAUCUGGAAUUGAAGGAGAAGCUGAGCCUUACACUUGUCAUUAAUCCGUCGCUCGUAGCGGUCCCUAAAGUAAGAGUGUGAUCAUAUAGUUGUGUUUCUUGAGAUGUUAUGCAAAUGCUUGAUCUGAUAAUUUGUGGUAGAGAUUUUAGUUUGGAUAAGUGGGACCAAUGGUUUAGUGAUCCAGACCGUUGAUAGCUUGGGCCGCACUACGGAUUUCCCAUGUACUGGAUUCUCCUGGAUUUGCACUGAAAAUGUAAUUUCUUUUUGUCUUUCGUUUUUUUCUUUUUU